CCUGUGCACUGCGGGGGCAUCGGAUUAGAUGACUUCUAAUGAUUCUGAAAUGAUUCUAUGACCCAAGCACUCAGCUUUCCUCACAGCGAUCCUUUUGAGUCAGAAGAUGAAACACUGUUUACAGAAGUCUUGUGUGCUUUCUCAGAGUGAAACUGCAAAAUUCUAUUUGUUUGCAUUCGUAGGAGGUUGAAUGUAAAUCGCAACAGCUGUGGUUCAACAGGAGGAAAAUAAAACUCAGUGAAGUAGAGACAUCCUUUGGGCAUCACAAAGAAAUACAUGAGCUAGGGAGCACAUCUCUGUAGGGAAUAACACUCCCAGUCUUUGAUUAUUUUCAGCUUGGAGAGCAAUGGGAAACAAGGCACAGGAUCCAGCUGGUAUUCUCAGCUGAUAGCCUUCUCUUUCCAGGCAAAUUCUAGAGAUGCCCAAUUCCUGGAACACUGCACAUGCAGGUACACAUACAGGCUUUGGGAACACAGAAUCUCAAUUCUGACUGAAGUCUGAAUUUGGAAAAAAAGUCCACAAUGCUUUUUCAGUAGCAAAAAAGGGAGGAGGAACACAAACAGUAAAUGACCUGUCAGCAGAACCUGCGGAAAAGAUAAUGACACAAAGUUUUCCACUGGGGCAUCAGCAAAUCUUCAAAUGCCAGGACUAUCAAGGCACUGCUUUGCAACAGUGUUUCUGGUCCAUAAACGCAAAACCAGAAGUCACUCCAGGAACUGAAAAGCCUAGCUGAACAAGGGAGGAGAAGAGUCUGCAGGAGAAAUAAGAGGUGGAAUUACAACGUUUAGUUGGCUCUCCUGGGAUGGGAUGUGUAGAGAGGUAAAGCCUUCCCUGGAACCACUGAGUGGAACAAAACAGCAGGAUGAAAGUUUGUAGGUGAUGGAUGACUGAAGAGCAUAGAUCCAUUUUUAUGCCAUCCUCUAGGAAAGCCUGAAAGACCUUCAGCUUCUUUUUUCUUUCAGCUUACAAAGCACUUAGAAUGUUUAAAAUUAUUUUAAGAUGCUUUAUGAUAAGGCUCUGCCAACACAAAGGCCUCACAACAACCCAUUUUUUAAUUUACUCCUGUUUUAGCAUUAUUUAUCUUGCCACAAAAUCUACAUAGAUUUCCAGAAAUAACACUCUGUACUUCUCUCUCUAAAUAUUAAUAGACUUUCCCUUCUGCCUUUGCCCACUAUAAGGAGGAAAUGGAAAUUAGAAAUAAGGAACUAGAACAAAAAAAGCCAAGCAGCUGCAGACCAGUUAUCAACAGGAUUAAAAUGAAUAGGUUAUUAAAAAGACAGGAUGAAACAAUCUGCAAAGACUCUGGAAUCAGAAGUCAGGAAUGCGAAUAACAAGCAACCUGCUAACAGUGAGCUGCUCACUUGUUUCUAUCUCUCACUUUGAUUGCAGCACCUGCCAAGGCUGUUCUGCUUUCCUUUGGCUCUGUAAAGGGCCCUAAAAUUGUGACAAACUUUACAGGCGUUUACUGCACAGCACCAUUUUUGCAUCAGAGCCAAAUCUGCACCUCUGAACAUAUGUGGAAGGGUUGAGCUCAAGGCUAAAGCCUGAAGCAAGCUGCCUUGCUGCAGCUGUUUGCAAGUAGGCAGGCUGCAUGCUUCAAAGAAGGGGUGUUACAGCAAGGAGAAACUAACUAAUGGCUGCUGAGAAAGGACGAGUCAUUACUGGGUCAGGAUGACCUGCCUGGACGCCUUCCUGUGCAGCCUGCUGUAGGAGCUGCUUUGCAGGAGCGUUGGACUCAAUGAUCUCUAGAGGUCCCUUCCAACCCCUACAAUUCUGUGAUUCUGUGAUGAUCUGCCUCAUAAAAACACCUCGUAAAAACCAAGCCAGUUUACCUAGUGUCAAGUCAACUUCCAGCUUUGUGCCCCCCCAGAUCAGAGGAAAACACAAGCUCCUAUUUAAGUGUCCUAGUCAUGCUGACAAACAGUCUCCCCUUGCUGGGCUGGAGCACAGUGACCACAACAAGCAUGACAACACUGAGCUCCAGACUGCAAUCCAGAGCAGUCACCACAGGGCCAGAGGGGGAAGAUGAGGACCGAAAUUUGCUGAGCUUCAGAAGAUCUGCAAACUCCCACAGGAAAAGCUGCUCAGCAAGAGCCACAUGACACACCAGUCAAUGGGAUCACUGCAGGCUUAUUUCAAGGAAGUCUGAGCCAAGACUGAACCUGAGCACACUGCAUUUUUCUCGACACGGCAGGCAGCAUCCUGUACUGCACAGAACAUCACUACGGUGUACGGAAUGGAGGGGGGGACCAUAUCUGUGAACUGCACCUAUAACCCCCGGCAGCAGCGGUGGAGAGAGAAGAGCUGGUGCAAGCAGAUCGAUGGGAGUAAGUGCCAACACGUGGUGAGCGCCCGCCGCUUCUGGCUGCCAUUCCUGAAGAACAGGAACGGCACCACCUCCAUCAGCGACAACAUCCAGGAUGGGGUCCUGACCGUGACCAUGAGGCGACUCAGGAAGCAGGACGCCGGGCUGUACCAGUGCAGAACGGAGUACCUGGGGGAAACCAACACCUUACGGAGGGUGCAAGUGGAUGUGCUGACAGCUGUCCUGGAGACCCAAAUUCCAGAGGAGCCCAGUGCUGUGCAGAGCAUCUCCAGCAUCCCUCCUGAAGCUGAUUUCACGGUCCUCUACAUCAUUGCUGGAUUACUGGCUACUAAGUUUGUGGUGGCUGUGCUGAUCUUUAUCAUUAGCAACAGCAUGAAAAACAGAGAGGCAGAGCAGAACAAACCAAGCUUGAAUGAACAGCAGGUCCUCCGUUUCCCUGGUGACCUCGUAGAGCCUGCACAUGGUGGAAUCAGCCCCUCCUGGGAGAGCACUGCUUAGAGCCGAACCAAAGGGAAUCGACAGGGAAAUGAACAUCAAGCUUUUUUGAGCAAAGCUUUGCCACCUGCUGUAAGAAAGAAAAGCACUGCCUACUAAAUAUAGGUAUUGACAAACCUAUCACUCUGGAGAGGGAAUGUCACCAUCUACCACCUUCUCUCAUUGCUUUCUCCAACACAACCCAAUUGAAAUGAUGCUGCCAGUAACACCUGAAACUGUUGGAAGCGGGUGGGACUGAGGGCUGGAAGGAGGGAGGAAGAAGAAAUCGUUUCAUCAAGAGAUCCAACAAAACCCUACUCAUGUGGCAGAGAUGCUUCCCCAGACACAGUAAUGCACAGAUAAUGCAUUGCUGUAAGGAAAACCACUGAACAUAAACAAGAGUCCAGGUUAACACAUCUCAACCACCUGGUGCUUUUGUGCUCUCACACACAGCAAAAAUAAUAUGACAGUUUCAUCUCAAACCUCCAAGGAAGUUUUGAUUCGUUGAAGAACAGUGCUGAAGAGCUCAUGGCUUUUAUUCAGAAUGUCCUACACACCUCUACAGAAGCCAUGAAUGCUUCUCCCAAAAGCACGCAGUACAAAUGGACGUAUGUGGUUCUACUGAAAGCUAGUAUUGCUGUCUAGAAAUCAGCUUUGUUAAGACUUGUUUGUAAGACUCCUGUCCAUAAAGACUGAUUUUUGCCAUGCUUAUGGCAAUGCAGUGCUCUGCUGUCACCUCCAGUCACUGCCAGUAACUGCACCACACGAUCAGGCAGUUAUUCCUAGUGCUCAUCCCCUGUGCAGGUGAGAUCUGUCAGUGUUGUGCCAUCUCACAGUACUGCUAGGUGACACAAGACCCCAAGGAUCUCCUUGCACAGAGUGGAUCCUUAGCAAGCAGUCAGUGUGGAAAGGAACAAAGAACUGCAGAACAUAACAAAGGCAUGUGAAAUCUGCACACAGCUCUGAGCUUGUUUCCUCAUUUCUCAAAUCAUUCCAUGAACACAAAGAUGAUCUGUCUCUCUGUACUUUACCUGCACUUUUUCUCAAGGGGUUCAUUGUUCAUCAUACCCCAGAAGGAAGCUGCAAUUACCUGUCCAAAGAAGAACCCAAACCCAAUGCCAUUCACACUGCUUCCCGCAUUGCCUACAAAGCUAAAUAAAAACAAACUGUUAUCUUACAUAGUGUGGAUUCAUGUCAAAGGGCUGGAGCACAGCAAUUCACAAUAAACCACUCAGAACAAA